GCAAGGCCCGACCAGGCCUGACGAAGUUCUCUGGAGCGGUGCGUGCGUCGUCGUCGCGAAGCAAGCAGGCGGACGUCGUCGCCUGACUGGCCGACCGAUAACCCCAAGUUGACCAAGCUGGGUGCACCGAACCACGGCCGAGACCGCGUCAGGGGCGUCCCGCGCGGGGACACGUGAGGAGGACCGCGCAGCGGGUGCCCGACAGCCGCCGACGACCGCAAGUGUCGCAGGAGGGCGGAGCAGCGGUCCUGGUCUGCCGCCAAGUCUCAAGGCGCCAGGAUGGCAGGGUCCGCUCUGCGGCGGCUCAUGGCCGAGUACAAGCAGCUCACGCUCAACCCUCCCGAGGGCACCUGCUUCGAAGGCGGCGUCUUCCCGGCCAAGCUCACCUUCCCCGCGGACUACCCGCUCAGCCCACCCAAGAUGCAGUUCACCUGCGAGAUGUACCACCCAAACAUCUACGCGGACGGCCGCGUCUGCAUCUCUAUCCUGCACGCGCCGGGCGAGGACCCCAUGGGCUACGAGUCGAGUGCAGAGCGCUGGAGCCCCGUGCAGAGCGUUGAGAAGAUCCUGCUCUCGGUCGUGUCCAUGCUCGCCGAGCCCAACGACGAGAGCGGAGCCAACGUGGACGCGGCCAAGAUGUGGCGGGAAGACCGGCCCCAGUUCAACCGGAUCGCCGACCGCCUCGUGCGCAAGUCGCUCGGCAUGCUUGCCUCCUGAGGCCUCCCCAAUAAACGACUGGAUAACGCGGUAAAACUCUUUAUUCAGCGGUA